UUGCGGGUCGGAUCUUAGUUCGGAUACGGGUCUUCCAUGGCAACAGAACACGAAUUUUUACAGACGAGUGAAGACUAAAAACGGAGCGCAGAAAUAAAUCAAAAGCUUUCAUGGCAGAUUCAAACCCUAAUUCCACUGCUUCCGCCGAAAGUGCAGAAAAGAUGGACGGGUGUAGAACAGAGUCCUUGCAAGAAGAUUCUAACGGCCCCACCUCUGAGUCUAAUCCCGAAGAAAUCGAAAGAAAAGCUCGGAUAGACGCUAUGUGGCAGCAAAUGAAUAAAGGAGUUCCCGCAAAAAAACCUUUUAAAUCCAUUUCGGAAAAUCAGAGUUCGACCGCGAAAAAGCCUCCUACGAAAAAUCCCGCACAAAAGUCAUCAACAGGUUGGAUGAAUUAUCUCGGUUUAGGAUCGAAGACGACAUCAUCAUCUCGACAAGGGGUCCCGGAAAAUCGUCCCAGCAUUAGCUCAAAUAGUGACAAUGAGGAAGCCAAGAAAAUUGCCGCUGCUGCUCUUUCAGCAGUUAAAGAUGCUGCUGCUGCUUCAGCCAACAUAGGAAAGGGCAAAGUUGAGAUUACGGAAGUGCGAGACUUUGCGGGCGAGGAAAUCGAAGUGAAGAAAGUGAUAGACGCCGACUCAAAGGAGGCGAAUGAGAAAGGUAAAGGUGCAGCAGGAGCAACUUCAGCCGUCGACGCAAUUUUAGAACAGAUUAAAAAGAAAACAAAACUGAGUGUGCUUGACAAGACGAAGAAGGACUGGGGCGAAUACAAAGGCGAAAAUAAAGGAUUGGAAGAUGAAUUAGAUGCUUACAAGAAGAGCUCUAAUCAAUAUUUGGACAAAGUUUCUUUCUUAGAGCGUGCCGAUUACAGGGAGUUUGAGAGAGAAAGAGACGUUCGCCUCUCGUUGCAGGCCAAACGGAAGACUGAUAUGCGCGAGUGACUUUUGAGACUCCCGUUAUCAAGAAAUCUCAGAAAAAAAAAAAACAAGGUACUUUGCUUUUUAAUGUUUUAUCAAUUUUUUUUCCCUCCGACUAGGUGAGAGUAUUCCGAAAAUCGAUCAAUUUCUUGAGAGUAUUCAAUUGUGGAUUGUGUAUUAGAACUUGAUUAUUAAUUUAUUUUUUUUUU